CCGGGGCUGGCGCUGGGCCGCGGCCGCUCCCGCCCGUCGCCAGCGGCCGGGACGCGGGCACAGCGGCACCGGGGAGGUUUGGCGCCGGGACAGGGUCGAGAAGGUGAAAUUUUGAGAAGGGACUCGCGCCGAAGUGAAUGUAACGCGGUUAAGGCGUGUGUGUUUGGCCAGCAUGUCCGGCGAGCUGACCCAAAGUGUCAUCAAGAGGAUAAUCCGCCAAGUGGGCCUGGAGUGCAGUGCCCGGGGACAAAGCCUCUCGGAAACCUUGGUGGCCUUCAUGAUGAAAGCUGUUGUUUUAGAUCCAAGAAAUGACUUUAAUAUGGAUCAACUCCAUACAGAAAAGGAUAUGCAGGACCUUAUCCAGCUCUGUGUUACCAGACUGCUUGACACAACAAACCCAUCCCUAAGCACAAUGAAGAUGCAAGUUUACUUUGAUAUGAACUAUGCAAACCGAGAUGAAUUACUGAGUGAGCAGGAGCGUGUUCUCAAAGGAAAACUGGCUCCUGUGGUUAGAGCUAUCACAGAGAGAGAUCCACAUGGGCAAGAAGAAACAGAGAAUGUGUAUCAAAAGAUGGUUACCUAUGCGCUGCUGAGAUGUGGCCUGGGAUCCCCAACAGAUAUUGAGGCUAUCAGGGAGGUAACAGCUGCCUUGCAGAGUGUAUUCCCCCAGACAGAGAUGAUUACUUUCAUCUCACUCAGCAAGAAGGACAAAGAACAACAGCUGAAGGAUCUUGCCAUGCUAGUCACAGGAAUUCGUUUGUACAACAAGCAGUGCCAGAAAGGAGGAAGUGGCAUUGAUGACUUGCCAGACAUCCUGCAUGAAGCCAUUCCAUCGGCUGCACAGACUCUGGACAAACGCCUGAAUUCCUGCCAGCUGCUGGCGCACCGCUACACGGCCCUGUUGGAAUCCAUGCAGGAAGACAGCCCCAGAAGCUCCCAGCUUCGUACUUUUAAACUGAAAGAAGCACUAUUCAAUGUGAGACAGUAUGAAGCCUUCCUUUGCAUCCUUCAGUCCAAUGCAAUUACAAGUGCUCAGGAAGUUGAAUCAUUGGAUGUUAAGUUUGAAGCAGCAAUGAUGGUAUUGAAAAACACAAUGCAGGAUAAGACUUCCAUAGAGUCUAAAGAAGUUUUUCCUCUCUUUAUGGAACUUUCUAAGCUUUGGACCGGCUAUCAGAAUGAAAUGCUUCUGCUAAGCUUCUUCACAAAUAUGGCUGAUAAUCUGCAACAAUUCUUGGAAAUCCAAUCAUACCUUUUUCCAGAGGAAAUGCUAACAUCUCUUCUGGAGGGAGUGACUGUGAAAAGUGAUGAGGAAAGGAUAAAAGAAACCAUGGGAACCAGAGUGAAUGUUUCUGAUUUCAAGAACCAAGAAUGGCUUUUUCCAGAGACUACUGAUAAUUUUGGUCAGUUGCUAAUCCAGUACCGUGGGUUUUGUGCACAUUCAAUUGGUGUGAAAGGUAUCAUCCUACCAGGAAAUCCUGCUAUUGGAAUUUUGAAACACAAGGAGAAAUACUAUGUUUUCAGUUCAAAAGAAGCUGCAUACCUCUUUGCUCAAGAUCCAGAUAAGUUCAUUCAAUUGAAUGUAGAAAAAGCAAAAAAAUAUGCCGAGCUAAUUCAACUGCUUGAGCUCCAUCAUCAGUUUGAAUACCUUGUUCCACAUGCACAGGUCAGAAAUGCAAAGAAAGAUUUGAUGAAACCACCCCCAAAAUGUGACAGCGGUACUCAAACUGAUACUCAUAUCUUGCCUCCAACUAUUGUGAGAUCCUAUGAAUGGAAUGAAUGGGAACUGAGAAGAAAAGCUAUAAAAUUGGCCAACUUGCGCCGCAAGUUAACUCACAGCAUGCAGACUAAUCUCAGCCACAUGAGAAGAGAGAACUUCACCCAAGUGUACUUGCCAAAAGAUGUUGGCACCCAGACUAAGCAUGACAACUCAAGCAAUGUGCCCAAACCCCAGAUUUUCCUGCAAGGUCUCCGGGGAGGAUCAUCUCCCACUACUCAUAUGGUCACAGUAGACUUAACAAGACCACUGGAUGAAACCUAAAUGAAAAUGAGAAACCUGAAGACACAUCUUGAAUGUGUGUAUAAAAAUUCCUGAAUAUAUCUGAAUUUAGAUACUAAA